AAGUCCAUGUCCCUCCGCGCAUGUCUGUACAACCCCUGCUUCUUCGGGCGCUGUAGAAAAAACAAUAAUAAUAAUAAUACGACGCCUUUUUGGCGGAAACAGGCGAGGAGAGUCGCGACAUAUGGAUGACAGGCAUGAAGAGAAAUGUGGAACACUAUGUGCUACCUCACAAGAGAAAACAAAAGUCAGAGAGAGAGAGAAAAGGAAACGGAAACGCAGUAGAAGUAGGUCGUCAUCCAUUUCCUCUACCACAUCAUCCAGUUCGUCCACAUCUUCCUCUUCAAGUUCUUCAAGGUCCUCUGAUUCACAUAGCAGAAGCAGUUCUAGUAGUAGAGAUUCUCCAAAAUCAAAAUCAAAGAAGAGAAAAAAGGAAAAACAUAACAAAAAGGUAAAACUAAAUUUACUAUAG